CCGGCAUUCACCAAAACAUGACUCACACAAAAAACUAAGUUUUUCAUUAAAAAAGAAGCGAAGUAAAAAGAAGAAACAUCUUUUCAGCUGCAAUUAAAAGCACGAAAUAUUCCCUUUAAAUCACCAAUAAUAAAUUAUGGCAGAUCCUCGUCUCAGGCAGUUGUCAAUUAAAACGGGUGUUGUUAAACGUUUGACAAAGGAAAAAACCGUAUGCGAGAAGGAAGUUUUAAUUGAAAGGAAGCGUUUCGACAAAUUCAAGAAUGAAGGAGCUGAUGAACAUGUUUUAAAGAAACAGGAAGAGGUUAUACAAGAAUGUCUUAUGAUGCUGCCUGACUCCAUGAGAAGGUUACAAAAAGAACUAGAAGUAUUGGAUAAGUUUUUACAGGAAGAAAAAGAUUUGCAAGAAUCAAAAGAAUAUCAAGCCGCAACACUAGUCGUCAAUGAAGCUAAGGAAGUGGUUGCAAAAUCAAAUUAAGUCCAGCAUAAAUACAUCUUCCCUAAAUUCCACUAAUUUUUUAACUCAACUUAGGCAUUUAUAUUUUAAUGAUUUUAUUUAAAAACAUACUCUAAUUUUUAUAACUUAUAAACAAAGCUUAUCGUUUAAUAAUUAAAAAAAUCUCAAUCUUCAAAAAA